AUGGAAGAGCAAGGGGAUUCUGUAAACAUCACAGAAAGUGACGUCGAUUAUCCGGACCCGAACCCAAAUCUUCCGCCUCCCAGCGCUUCAGCUGAGAACCAGCUCACUGAAGAAGUUUGAGACUAAACGCUAGGAAUAUUUUCAAUCCAUGUUUCAGGACAUUUUCAAGAUGAAAAGUUUGACGCGAAACUCCCUACGAGCUGGAGGAGGUUUGUGAAGCUUUUGAUGAGCUCUUUUAUCAAUUCGAUAAAUUCAUAGUACAAAAAAAAGAAAAUGUUUUCGAACUGAAGUUGCUUUUUUCAAAGGUACAAUUUUCACGAAUCGAUUCAUCCAAGUACGAUGACUACUUUAUGUUCAAGACAUGAGCCUUUUGUUGGGGAUCAAAUGAAUAGUUCUGCUCAUUACCAUGACGACCACUUACCUUUUGCCACUAAUUGGAGUUAUCACCUGGCGCCAAGGGCCUAUCGAUCCGCCUUCUUUGCAGCUGGGACAAGCGAGACUGCCGACCAGUCUAUUAUUUCGCUUGCCGACUCGGCUUCCAACUUCGAUGAGCACGUCGGUGAGGAAUUCGACGAGGUUGAAGUGCCUGAUACGGAUAGCGACCCAGGGAAACAGCUCGAUCCUCAGGUUUGUUUGAAGCUUCGAAGAGUUGCCUAUUUUGAAGUUUAUUUGAAAAUAAUAAUUUUUUUUUUCUCAAUCCAACAAGUUCAGAACCGCAUCUUCAAUGGCUGGCUCUUCGGUCGGAAUCGUCUCGAAGAUUUUAAGCUUAAUCAAAAUACCAGUUUGUAAAUCAUAACUUUACGAUAAUUUAUUGUGAAACUGCAGUUACGACCCUGAAAUACCCCAGACGUGUGGACAUUCCUCCGUGUCCCGAAGGAAUCGAUGACCCCGGAUGGUACAAGGCUUUCGAGGAGGCUACGCUCUACCUCAUUGGAACCGCCCAUUUCAGGUUCGAAAUAUUGAAAAAAAAAAAAACAAAAAUGGCAAUGAAAUCAGCUCUUUUCGUUCAUCUUACCAGUUAGAGUGGAUAGGAAACAAAAAAGAAAAUGUGAAAUUCUCAUUUUUCAGCAAAGAAUCUCAGCAAGACGUGACGGAAACCAUCAAAGCGACCCAGCCGGACUAUGUGAUGGUAGAACUGUGUCCGGCAAGAAUCUCCAUACUUUCGAUGGACGAAGCGGCGCUGCUCAACGAGGCCAAGGAGCUGUCUACCAAAAAAAUGAUCAACACCAUUAAACAGGUAGAGAAUGCAUAGUAGAUAGAGAUAUUCUCAGAAGUCCGUUCUAAAGAAAAAAGGCUGGUCAUAUGACAAAUAAAAAUUCAGAGGAAAAUUCAAAAUUGAAGAAAAAAAGAGUCUACGAUAUUUUUGUCCAAGUUUAGAAAGUUUUUUGAGCAAUGAUUACAUUUUAUUAUUCUUUCUAUCUGUUUUCUUAAAGAAUGGCAUGGUGCAAGGAAUGCUGCACGUGCUGCUGCUCUCCAUCUCGGCACACGUCACUCGGGAACUUUCGAUGGCCCCUGGCGGUGAAUUCCGCGCCGCUCACCGUGCCGCCAUGCAAACACAAGUUUGCUCCAUUUUCAGGAAUUUGUUGUGAUGGAACAUUUUGAAGCUGUGCCGCGUAAUCCUCGGUGAUCGGCCGAUCCAGGUGACCCUGCAACGGGCCCUCGCCUCCUUCUCACCCUGGCAGAAAAUCCGAUUCUUUGCCCACGUCGUUUUCUGCCAGCGAGAGUCGAUUACUCCUGAAGAGGUGCUCAAUCCGUUUUGUUUUUAUGGUUGCUGUAUUUUUUUUCUUGUUUUACGGCCACAAAAAAAUGGUAUAAGUUACCAAAAAAAAAAUGCAGAUAUUUUUCCACAUCUGAAAAUUUUCAAAAAUUGAAAAAAUGAUUGAAAUUUUGUUGUUUCCAAUUAAAAAUCGAUUCAGAGACCUUGAGCGAUUUUCCAGUGCAUUCAUUCAAUCAUGUAAAAAAUUCAAUUAAAAAAAUCAUGGAACCACUAUUAGUUAUUUUUUUGAAUAUUUUCUUUCCUUAUUUCUAUCAUUUUGGGAAGAACAGAGCCCCCCGGAAAGAUGUAUUUAAAAAUCUUGAGUUUCAAAUAUUUUCGGUCAAAAGGAAGUGAAUGAAAAGCGUUGAACUUGUAAUUUAAAAAAAAACUACAUUUUUCUUUAGUUUUUUUUAUACCCAUUCUAUUUCUUUCGGAGAGUUUAAACUUUCUUCCUUAGGUGGAACGAUGCAAACAACGGGAUAUGCUCGAAGAACUUCUCGCUGAAAUGGCCGGUGAUUUCCCGCAGUUGAGCCAGGUGCUCUUCCAGAUUUGUUCAUGUUUAGGAGCGAUUUUAUUUCAGAUUUUCGUCGAAGAGCGUGACGCCUACAUGGUACAUGUUCUGCAUUCGUUGUUGAUGAAGAACACGGCUGAGAAAAGAAUUUCCUGGCUCAAUCGCAAUAGUCAGAACGUUCCUUGGCAGCCACUGUCGGUAGGGUUUCAAAGCUUUGAUUUUAUUAUGGGACAGUGGUUUCUUUGUUUAGCGAGGAACAGAAAUUUUGAAAAUAGGUAAAAUAGACGCUUGUGAAGGCACUUGUCAGAUCAUUAUGGAUAAGACGAGAAAUUAUUUGAAAAAAAAAAACCAGAAAAGCAGUACUUUCUAUUUUUUAAGGUUUUGAAACUUCAUCGUACUGAUUCAAACUCGCAAAAAAACUUUUGAUUGAACUUUUCAAAGUUCCCAAAGAAUUAAAUUCAUUUUUCGAAUGUCUUGUAAUAACCUUAGAAGGCUAUAGAGAACGCUGCUUGGAAAGAAUUGACAGAAAAAAAGUUUCUGGCAUAAAAAUCUUCUAAAUGCGAAAGUUACACGUUUAUUCUCGAGUCAAGCCAUUAUUUUGAGUGAUAAAGAAAGUUUUCGCUAAUUUUCUCACUUGAAGGUCGUCGCUGUGGUCGGAAUCGGCCACACGCCGGGAAUCUUGUCUCGUUGGGAAGAUCCUGUCGAUUUCGCGCCUUUGUUGGUUAUUCCUCCACCGACGCUUACUUCCAAGGUAGCAUUCACCUUUCAUCUGAAUAUAAGUCAAAAGAGAAGUUUAGAUUGUGAAAACAACGUUCCGCGUGGCGUUCUGGGGUGCUGCCGCCUACUUGAUUUACCGUGGCGCCAGUCGUGUCGCUCGCCGAUUCGCCUAAUUUUGAUUCCUCUUCACUUUUUUGCGUUCCUUUCCUUUUGUAUCAUGUUUAAAGCGACCAAUUUCCGAUUGUUUUAUGUUCAUGUUUAAUCUCUUUCCGACUGUUUUUAAUUUGGAAAAUGGAGUGACUAGGAAAAGAUAUUUUUAAGCAACAAUUCGUGCCAAAAUGAGGGUUUUUCUCAAAGCCCUUUGAUGUUUUUACGCCAGCGAUGGUCUGAAAAUAUUUAUUUGGGAGGUUUUUUCGGUUUCUACGCCUUCUCACUCUGUUCAUUCAAAAUUUGAUUCUUUUUCUUCUUUUUUUUUAUCAUCACUAUUUGUGCGAUCCAUCCGGUUACGCCACUGCUUUUCGGGAUUAGAAAUUAGAAACGCGAGUAAUUGAUUUGACAUGUAUUUUUCUAUAAUUUCGAUAAAUUUUAACUUUGUCAAUGAUUUUUUUUUGUCAUGACGGGCUUUAACCCUAUCUCUUUUUCAGUGCAAGGUUUUCUUUUUCUGUAAUUUUCAUUGCCAGGUGCCAGAAAUGGCGAACCUAACAGAGCUAUGGACCAUCGACUGCGCCGCCAUGUUCCAAGUUUGAUCAUCUUCUUCUUUGAGAUUUUUAACGAGACUUCCAGAACUAUGCAAAUAUGAUUUCUUUUCCACGGGACCGUGAUACCAAUGCGCCGAUUGGUGGGUUCGUUUUUGGAAGGAAAGCGAGAAAACAGGUGAAUUUCAGAAUAUUUUUAAUUACAAAAAUCAUUUUUCUAGGCUUUAUUAUUUUUUUUUAAAAGCUUUACUUUCAGUCAUUUUUCAUACUUUAUUCCGCGCCAGUUUGUCCGUUUUUUUCUGACCGCCAAAAAGACCGUACACUUAAUUAGAUCGGAAUUAAGCAUUUUCGCUUCAAGACCUUUGUUUUUUGCUGUCGUCUUAUUAGUUUUGUAGAGCAAAAUGUUGUAUUUAAGGUAGCUUUUUUUUUCUUUUGAAACGUGACCUUCUCGCUCGGAACUCACUAUAAUAACGUUUUUGAAAUUUUUUUAACUCAAUUUAACUGCACGCUUUGGCACUAGGAAAAAUCUAACAUUUUCAAAAAAAUUAUUUAUGCAUUAAAUCUUCAAAUUUUAAGGUAGUAUUCGUAUUUUUUUCGCCUACAGUGAAGACUUGACCGAUGCGAAUUAUCGUUUCAUCGAAAGCUCACUUUCUUCAGGUGAUAACUUUUUUUUUUAAAACAUAAAGUCCAAAAAAAAAGUUGAAGGAACUUUUUCUAUAGACUUAUCUGAACUAGCAAGAUGGAAAAUAAUUUUUUUUUAUUCUUUCACAUAGGCGUAGUUUCACAGUUAUCUACGUUUUUUUGAUUAAAAAUUAUUCCUUUUUAACAAAUAUGUCUUUCUCGUUUUUCUACGGAACCCUUUUUGUUCAGAAAAAAAUAAAAAUUUUUUUAAGCUUCAAUGCAGAAAAAAAAUAUAUAGAAACUUUUUUGUCAUGUCCACAAUCCAGACAUCGAACUGGUCGGAAACGUUGCGGUAGAAGGUCGGACGGCGCCUCUGAUCGGAGACGGCUUCACGAUCAACUGCACGACGCAGUUGCUCGAGUCGCGCAACGUCACCGACUUCCUCGACAUCAACGGCAUGUUCAACAAUGAGCCUGUCUUCCCUGAAGGCCUUUCCUUGUGCUCCAAGGUUGCGCCUUGCUCCUCUCAACGAAAAAACGUCAUUUCUCAGGUCGGCUUUGAGUUUUCACUGAGGGAAGGCCGUGAGAUGGACGAUGUGCGGUACGGGGCCGAAAGAAUCGGCCUCGCCUUGUUCCGAUUCGUCUUCAUCAAUGCCGAGAAGGACCUCAUCAUCCGGGAUCACAAGGAGAAGGAGAAGGCUCUGAAGCAACUUGAUGAGUUCUCCAAGGGGGCCGUUCCUUACAAGGUGAUUUCAGUCGUCGGAUUAUCAAAUUGUCUUUUUUCUUCCCAGUUGUACCUUUAAAGAAAAGAUAGUCGUUUAAAAGUGUCAUUUAUUUUUUUCAAAAUGUCAAUUUUUCAUUCUGCAAUCUUCAGCACAUAUAAAAUACAUUAAAUUCUAAUUUGCGCCAGCUUCUCAUUAUUUUCAUUUUCCUCUGAGCUACAGAACCCUUCUAGGAAGCGUCGUUUUGGUGCUCACGACCUGCCUCUUUGCAUGUGCCUUUCGUUCGGUCUGAAAAUUCCUUUAUAUUAAAGGCGCAUGUCAACAGGCAGGUCACGCACAUCCAAGGGAAGGGUUCUGUAGCUCUACAAUAGUAUAACUUUUAUUCAACCGGAAGAUCAAUAUUUUAAAGAAAAAUGACAAGUUCUUGAUUUUCAUACAGUGGCUUUUCUCAAAAAAUACCUCUUAAGAGUCCCCAGCAGAUCUUUUUUACACCCUUCAACAAGAAGAUGCUGGAAGGCAACCUAAAAUAUUUGAGUAGAUUCAAAAAAAAAAUCCGCUCAGGCUAUGAAAAAGUAACUCAAAAGCCUUUUCAAAGAAACUUUUCCGUUUCACUUAUGCAUACAGGUAUAUUUUCGGCCUUUUCAGGACCACAUCGAUUUCGUCGCUCUGCAGAGUCUCACCAGAGAUACCAGCAACGAUUCAGAAGACCAGAAGUUGGUGCCGACUGUUCGGAUAACGAAAGGUGGGACUUCUUCGUCAAGAGCGCCAACUGAAACAUCGAAAGUGAUUCCAGAUGGGAAACACUUCACCAAGGCGACUUUCGUCGUUGAUGUCGUCGGCCCGGCGUUUUUCGGCAACGAUUCGUUGACAAUUUAUCAGAGGAUGAGCGAGGCUUUCCGACGAAGGGUCAACAAUGUCAUGUCGUUGUGCGUGAACAGCAUCAAGAAACAGGUGCUUACAAAGAAAAACGAAAAUUUAGCUUCUUUUGCUCCAACGAUAACCUGAGAAAAGCAUUUUUUUUUUUCAGGCGAUUUUUGGAAAAAAAAACGUUUGUAAAGCCAGAUAAGUUUUUUGUUCACCAAAAGAAUGCUUUUGGCUGAAAAUUCGAUGAAAUUUUGCAGAUCACAAAAAAAUUCCGAAAUUUUCAAAACCGGUUUGGAAUGUCCCAAAAAAUAAUAAAAAAAGAAAAACGUGGUUUUUUUAAUGUCUCGAUGUUUUUGAAUUAUUCUGAAAAAAAUUAGAGCAUUUUUUUUCAAAUUUUCUAUUGAAUAAAAAGUUAUCCCACGCUAGAUUUUGUAAAACAUCGUUGAUACGUGAUUGAUUGCCAUUUCUUGCCGGAUUUUUCAAAGAAGCAUAGAAAGGUCGCGAAGUGAAGAUUUAGCCCUUCAAAAAUACCGUAUACCAACUUAAAGCAAAACUCGCCCGCACUUCGCUUCGAGACCGUUGUUUUUUUCCCUCUUUCUCGCACUUUUGUAGAGCGAAAGUGUCUCGCGCGGAACGCAUUAUACAACGCUUGAAAAAUUUUUUCGAUCGCUUCAAGGAAUAAUUGACAAAACCAAUAUCACUUUUUACCUAUUGGGAAUCGGCAGAACAAGUUCAGAAAUUGUGGCUCCCAUUGAACUUCUUGUCUAGUUUAACGACCUGGCCCUAUUCAUUUUUUUUUCCUUUCAAUUUCAAUAGAUUCUCAUUUCGUACAAUUUCUUUUGAAGUGAAUUUUCAGCGAGGAAUAGUGACAACGACUUCCGCGACGUUUUUGCCGCCGAACUGGCCGUCAUUCCUGCACCUUCAAUUGCCAACAUCGUGGCUGGAAACUGAACAAAGUGAGGCUUCUCAAGCAUCGAUUCAGAACACGAAAGAGUUCAGAAGCCUACCGUCAACGACUGCACCAGCUCUUCAAUCUUCCUUCGACACAGCCUUGUCUACGGCUCGCUCAAUCUCUCUCUUUCUCCAAUGCCAAGUCCGGCUCCAAACUUUUGCGCUCCCCUCACACCAGCAUCACCAAUUGUAAGUUGUUCUAUACUCCAUUUACGACUUGAUAUUUUCUCGUAAACCAGCUUUGGGUAGAGUCCUUUCAUUUUUUUAAUCAAUAUUGAAAAAUGUAUGGGAAAAAUAGAGGGGAAGCAAGCUUCUCUAUUUAUUAUUUUUUUUUUCGACUGACUAAAAUCCCUAUAGGGACCACUUUUUCAAGCUCCCGAGGAUGUAGAUCACUCUUUAGUUUCUAAGAAUAUUGGAAUAUCCCUCGAUAAUUUUAAAUAAUUAAAAACUUUUGCAAAAAGAGGUUUGAGCGUAUCUAAAUGUCCUUAAUAUUGUUUUUUAUUACUAUUGACGGGAAUCGAUAUGAAUCUUGGUUUGAUUAAAAUUGAUAAAAAAACUAUUAUAGGAUAAUGUAAAAAAACAAUUUUUUUAUUUAUUCAGACAAGCAAAUCGGAGUCGUUUCUCUAGUCAGAGGAGCCUACAACUACCAUCAUUAUAUGCAAGAUGGAAUGGACGAUUCGGGUAAGAAUUAAGAGAUUUUAAUUGCGUUUAUAAAAAUCGGCUAAUGAACAAUGCGCGCGAAAAAAAAAUAAAAGUCAUUUUGUAUAGAUAACUCGACUAUUUCACUACUGCCUGAAUUGUUUUCUCGGCUCUCAAAAUAACUAUAACCUAUUCCGAGUCAGCUUUUCACGAUUUUUAUUUUCCUCCGAGCUACCUAACCCUUCGCAUGCGUUUUUUUUUGGCUUAAAAAUUGCGUUAUAUUAAAGACACAUACACGGCAGCAGUCGCGCGCAUCGAAGAAAAGCUUCUCAGGGUUCUGUAGACCAGAAAAAAAAAAAAAUUAAAAUCGAGACAGGGGAAACCGAUUUUCCGAGGGUCUCUUGAAAUCAACAAAUGUCUCUUAUUCCUCGGCUCAUCAUUGAAUUCCGUCUCUCUAAUCUGAUUCUGUUCUAGGAAACCAUAUGAAAGUUUGAAAAGUUGAUAUUUAAAAAUUAAAGUUUCCAAUCUCUUUUGUUUUCAGUAAAAUGAUGGUAAAUUCAAUUUGAAAUAUAGAAAAAUAGAGACAAAUUCCAGGAUGGGGCUGUGCGUACCGAAGCCUGCAGUCGAUUUGGAGUUGGUUCGUCCUCAAUGGCUACACGGAUAAACCCGUACCUUCGCAUAGGGAAAUUCAACAGGCAUUUUUUUUGAGCUCAUCUACUUUUUCAAUUAUUUUUUAGUGCCUGGUGGACAUUGGCGACAAGGAGCAGAAGUUUUUGGGCAGCCGGCAAUGGAUCGGCAGCACGGAGAUCAGUUUUGUCCUUCAGACGCUCUUGAGUAAGUUUUCUGGUACUUGAAUGUUGGAAGCAGAGCUGGGCGGGAUUACGCGUUUUUCGAUAUGACUUCUACUUUGAUUAUUUUUGAAUUUUUUUUUUUGCAUUUUGAGCUCACGUUCAAAAAAUACCAUCGAAAGAGAAAAAAUAAAUAACCUGCUUACCUUUGUCCUGCGAAAGUCUUCAGUAAAUCCGUAUUUCACAAUUUGAAAAUUCGCUCAUCUCUGUUUGUGUUUGGGAGAGAUAUCAAGAGUUUUUCGGACAGGCUUUAAAUAUAGAAGCUACCAUUUUCGACGUCUUUCUUUCGGUUUCACCUAAAAAAAUUUUCUUUUCUGAAAGGUCUGAUUUAGUAGAACAGCUCUAAUUUUUGUAAGUGUUUGAAAUUGAAAAAUGUUUUAACGAAAUUUUCAUUUGAACUUUUCCUUCUAAAUUCAUUUUGCAACAGAAAAAAAAAAUUAGAUUAGGAUUUGCUUUCAAAAAAAUGACAAAAAUCCAAACAAAUGAUGAAGAGUUUUUGACAAUUUUUUAGUCGCAUUUUGUGCCUUUAAAAAAAAGUCUCUGAUUGACUGAAAAAGCGUCUUUUCUAGCAAAAUGAAAAGAAAAUUGAGAAUGAAAACGGGAACGGAAACGGAAACGGAAAGCAAGACUAAUUAUUGUGUUGAGUUCGAAUAAAAGACCUACUUCAUAUAGGAUAGAAUUCAGAGCUUCUAAUCGAAUUUUUUGUUACUUUUUCUAGAUAUCGAGUCACGAUUUAUCGCUACCAACUCGGGCGCUGAAGUCGUUGAAAGAGCUCGAGAAUUAGCCCGACACUUCGACACGGUCGGAAGCCCGGUUAUGAUUGGUUAGAGUCGAGAAAGAUUAUAUGUUUCCUCAUUAUCCUUUUUUCAGGUGGAAAUAUGCUUGCUCAUACGAUCCUAGGCGUCGACUUCAACGAUGGAACCGGAGAAACGAAGUAAUUUUUCUCAGCUGUUCUUGAUUUUUUGUUAUUGAUUUUUUUUUUUCCCCCCUUUAGGGGCUGUUUUCCCCUCCCCUAAUCCCUAUAGGGACCGCUUUGAAUCUCUCUCGAUUUUCUCUGCUCCGAAACACAUCUCCAAAGCUGAAUUUUCAGAUUCUUGGUGUUGGACCCUCACUACACGGGAUCGGAAGACCUGAAGACGGUGAUCUCGAAAGGCUGGUGCAACUGGAAGCCGUCGUCGUUCUGGAGCACGGAGCACUUCUACAACAUUGUCUUGCCUCAGCCCCCAACUGACGUGAUUUAGUAGUCGAUUUUCCGUCUGACCUUUUUUCGUUAUAUGUAUUUCAUUCACAAGAGGUUGUCUAGCUUUGGAAGUUUGCCCUAUUGGACCUGGGCGAACCUUUUAGGUUUUGAAGAACUGCCUGAAAGGAGCUAUUUGUGGAAUCAUACAGGUCGUUGUAGUUGUUUUGCUUGUUAUCAUUUCCAGCGGUUUGUACAAAUUUGGCCCUUUAGAGCAUUACUUUCUGAGUAUUUUGAUAUUUAACAUAUUUUGUAAUAGUUUUUAUAGUCAAACUUUGCUGACUCGAAAAGCAAGAGGGUGGGUAGAUUGGCAAGAAUGAACGGCUUUUUGGGGGGAAACUCGAGUUCAAACGCAGGACAUCAACAUUUAGUUUAGUGUAUAAAGGUUAACAACGAAUAUUUAAAAAAAAAUUUUUUUUUAUAUUUCUCCAUGUUUUUGUUUGACUUCAUCUUUGCGAAUCUUCCCACCCCGCUUUUCAAGUUCGGAAAAAUUGACCGUAUCUUUUUCGGGGUAUUUAAAGGAGCAUAAAAAUAGACUUUCUAGGACAUGCAAGUCUUUUGCCCCCGAAAAAACCCAGUUGUGCUUUCAAAGGUUCAGAACUUGAAUUUUUGAAAGUCUUGUAUGAUUCAUAAGAGUUUGAUGUAUUCUAUUGAUUCCUUUUCUUAUGUGAUAUUUUUUUCUGUUCACCUCACUUCAUUGAGUCUGAUUCUUUUUUUUUCGAAGAUUUGAAGAACUUCUUGGAUUCCUUGGCUCAUUGAGUAUAAAUUUUAUUUAUUAAAUAAUUUUUUGGUGUUUCUGUCAAUCAAAUUUUAUUUUUCUCAGUUAUGAUUAUUUUUAGAAAUUGAAGAUAAAAUUUGGGAAGAACGCUUCAUCGAAUGAUGUACGUGAUUGGCUAGUUUUAAACGGCCUUGGCCAGCAAAUCAGGAUCAAUAUGCAGAAUAAGUUUUUCAAAAAAAAUGUUCACUUUCAGGGCAGCGAAUGUAGAAUACCUUUCGAGGACUGCGGACUUUGGAAGCCUCCAUGUGAGUCAAAAUUUUUCUUUUUCAAAUUUUGACCGAGAUACUCUUGCAAAUUAAAAUCCUGUUAAUCUCUAUUUUUUUGAAAUUUUUUUAAUCAGAUACCUAUGCAGGAGAAAUCAGCAUGAAGUUGAGUCUGUGAAAAAAAAAAGAUUUGGUGAAAAUUUUUUUUUGCCUUCUGUGAUUGACUGAAAACCAUUUUGAAAGCUUGAGAGACAUUCAAGAAAGUUUUUUUUACCUUCUUAGUAGAAAAAAAUAAUUUUCUCUCAUUUUUCUUUGAAAAAAAUUUUUUUUUCAGUUGCUUAAAAAUUUUUUUGCCUAAAAAAAUCUAUAUUAUUAUCAAUCCCUCGAGAGCUAAAGACCUGCUGUUUGAAAACGUGAUGUCUUGAUUAACCUAGCCAUUACGCUGAACUUUUGAAGCCUUCUAAAUGCUUCCUGAGAUCUAUUUUUGAGCUUUAAUAUCCGGUAGUACAAAGGAACGGGAAAGGUGAUGGUGAUCCUGCGCCAGCACACUUAAGCGGAUCGCAGCACUUGUUGUUGUGGCCGAUUUCGGCGCCGUUUCGACCAGCCCAAGAGAGGGUAUUAGCCCCGGGCAAACAGUCGCCCCACGGCGGUUCAGACCCAACCGAAACUGUUCUUUUCCCUCCCCCCAUGUUCUUAUCUUUUUCUCUUUCUUCUCUCUUGACGUUCACAAAGAACUUUGGUUUUUACCAGGUUUCCAAGCCACUGAAAAUGAGCCAAGCGGUCGAUUGAACCUAUUCUCUUUGGAAUUUCUCACCAUUAUCAUUGAAAUUUUUGAGCUCUUUCGAUUCUGUCUAUGGAGCGCAUUUUCACGCGAUUACGCGGCUUAAAUUUCCAACGAAGAAACUUUUAUCUAACUGUAAAAUUUAAUAUUGGAAAAACUUCAUUCCCAAACGUAUGCCGUGAAGUUUACAUGUCUUGCUUUUUUUGUAGAUCGUUUUUUUCUAACUUUCCAAUUUUUUUCUCAAAUUUUUCAUAUUUUACUGUAGUCUCUUAACGUCUUUUUCCCAAAUUUUUCCGAACUUUUUCUUAAAUUUCCAGAUUUUUAGUCUCGGCGCUCACAUUUUGAAGGAGAUUUUUUUUCUUUUUUUUUUUUAAUUUCCAUCGAGCCAGCACCUAAAGCGUUUUCAGACCUGUCAAAUAUUCUCUAGACUCGAUACCUGACAGAAAAAGUUUCUUGACUGGCGGAAAACAAAAAAAAAUUGAAGUUUACGGAGAAAGCCUAUAGUUUGACCGGAGGCGGUCUACGGGAGACCAAGGGACAGCGGCUGACCAUAUGUUGGUGAGAAGCGAGAGAUUGUUCGGAAAGCGGAGGCUGCAGAGACAAGGCCACUCUCCGCCGCGACUUCCACCGCAAUCGAUCGAUCUGUCGGCUCCUUCUGUGAUCUCAUCCCCCCAAGGAAUUUUUUUUUUCAUUUUUGACUUUUUUUCGAAACUGAUAGGACAUUUAUGAGUUUUGAUGGUUUUAAGAAAUCUUUGAGCUUUUUGUCUCUGUGAAAAACUCUCCGUGAAGUUUCAAUUUCGCUGAAUUUUUCUUUUUCGUUUUUUGAUAUCACUUUUUGAAGAAAAAUUAAUCGGACUUGGAAAGUUGACUUUUGAAAAUGGGAUAGGUUUCCAGGGUUUGAAAAAAAAGUCUGUCUUUUGAAAUUUUAAUAUUUUUUUCGUAGUAUGUUUGAAAAAAAUCCUUUGUUCUUUUUUUCUUCAUAGAAGCGAGUCUAAUUAUAUUAGCUUUUUGACCAGAAGAGACUGUUUUUAGGACUUUUGUAAGAGAAGAAUUUCUAUUUUUAAAAGCCUUGAAAGGAAUAUGGAUACAAAUAGUGUAUGAAAAAAAUAAAGAAAAAGAAGAAGGAUAAUGGGGAUUUGAGCAAGAACACUUUAUUCAAUUAAAAUCUUAUUUUUCAAACAUACCGUUUUUUCAGCUAAAUGUAAAGAAGAAGAAAGAUCACAUCACUCGGAAUUUAAAAAAAGUUUCAUCCUGUACUCUUCUUGCUAUUUUUCCUAAAACGUCACUACUACUUCAAUUUUGGUUUAAGCUUGCAACGAAUUGAGUAUAACUGAAGCAUUUGGGGUGGGGGAUCUUCUAUAAAUUUGGCCCCACUUCAUUCAUCAGCCAUGGGCGUGUGCCUUGCCAUUCUUCAAGGCUUUCGAAGGUCAUCUCUUAAAACUCUCGCAUGAGAAAUGGACGCGAAAAUCUCAAAUGCACUGCCGCCUGCCCACCACCAAAUAUGGCCCAUUCGUUCCCACUUUUAAUGCUUUCUGCUUCUUUUCGUACUUUAUUUUUUAGUCCGUUUUGCUUUUUUAUUCUGAUGAAAACCGUUUGAUAGUUUGUCUCAUUUCGAAAAUUUCUCUGAGAGUAUGAGAAUCCUUAAAAAAAGACAGAAUCACAGUUCCAAAACACAAAAAAACUAAUCAAAAAUGAAAUAUUUACAAAAAGGAGAGGGUUUCAUUACAUUUUUGAUUAAUUUCAAUAAUGAGAAGAAGUUUUUUUAAACUUUCAUCCCAGCUCUCAAAAAUAAGUAUUAUCAAAAAUCGGGAAUCAAGAUUUUUCGUGAUGUAAUCAAAGUUUAACCCGAAAUCAAAUUUUUUUAAGUUAAACUUUCUUUGGUUACUUGGUUGAGAUUACAAAUUGGGUCUUUUUCAUAACCCACUUUUUCCGUUCUUUAAAAUUUCAGUACCCAGUUUUUGUAUCCCUUUCAUCAAAAUAUGCAAAAGGCGCCUGUCGCAAAAUGUUCCGAAAACUGCCAUUUUCGACGUCGUUCCGCGGUUUAAUUCGAUAUUCAUAUACGGCCGUCGCUUUUUUUUGGCACCAAAUGUGCAACGCCUAGGACAAAUCGCCAGUUUCGCUUUCAUUGUUGUGAAAUGCGCUCUUUUGCUGUUAGUUCUGUUCCAAUUUUUUCUAGGUUACGAUUUUUAUUAUCAAAGUUCCAGAGUGGCAUUUUUUAUUACAUGCAAGUUUGCUCCACGGAAAUUGGUUAUGAAUUUUAGAAUUUCAAGGCUGCCCCUGUUAUGAAGGUUGAGUCAGGCUUAGAAGAUAGCCGAGGGACCACUCAAACUUGCCACAGAACGACUCGAAAUAUUCCAAAUGAAAUGGCGAACGGCUCAAAGCGGAGCUAAUAGAAAGAAGUUACCAUGAACCGACAUCGCCGCGAUUUUAUAUCCGGACAAUACGUUUCAAUUCCUGGCUAGAGCGCCUUUGAUCUACGGCCAGGAAUAAACUUUUGUUUUGAUCUUCCAGUGGCUGGAUUAUUAUUAUUAUUAGGAGUUAGAUCUAGCGACGAUCUGAUUGUUAGUUAGGAGUCUUACCCACUGUGCUAUGGUUUUCUUCAUUUUUUUAUUAUGAAUUAUGCCAUGAGUUUCGUACAGCCAGAAGAACGAGAGUUCUGGAAAUCGGAUCUCUGCGGGGGAUCCCUUACAUCUCGGCCUUCUUCUUUCCUAUAUUUAAACCGGCUGUCUGCAUUCUCUGUGUCUCUCACGUCUCUCUCAUUCUCUCCUCCGAAAAUACGCGUUUCCAAGUUUGAAAAUUUUUGUUUUUUAUGCAAUUUCUUAAAAUAUUUUCACAACUAAAAGUAGUUCCUAAUUUCGUAGUUUCCGCCCGAAGCGAGUGUCGCCUUUUUGAGCACUCUACCUGAUACGGCAAUGGCCUCCUGCGUGUUACCUGCGUCUCUAUUAAUUUUUCUCAUCUCUAGCUGUCGUUUUUUAAGGUUUCUGACUCACUCAUUCCACACCGUUGGGCCUUUUUUUGUCCCCACUCAUUUUCAACGUCCCCAGCACUGUUUGCCUUUCUCAUUUUGCGUUGUUAAAAUUUCCUUGUUAUGUUUUAAAUAUUGCGCGAGGCGGCUUCGAAGACUUGUUCGAAUUUUUGAGAUACAUUUUGGAUUUGGGUUGUGUUUGAACUUAUUUAAUAAUAACAAAAACGAGUUGUUCUUGAAAAAAAUAAUCGAACGAAAUUCUUUAAGAAAGCGUUUUUAAGCUUUUCGCUUAAAAAAUUAGAGUGGUUUUCGAAAAUUGGGGAAAACGUUUCAAAUCUUGUAUAGACUUUUUUUCUAAAUUUCUGUUGAAACCUUGGACGUAAAAUCUGUUCUUAAUACUCCAAAAAAAUUUUUUUUGAAUGGAUCAUCAAUUUUUUUGAUUUCUUUCGGUCGGCUCUUGUGAAAAAUAAUUUUUAAAUAGGAAAUCCAAUUUUCAGUAUGGCGGAAGAGCUGGAGCGCGUGCGGGCCGAAGCCGCGCGCCUCUCUCAGCUUCUUGAAGAAGCUACCGCCGAUAAAAUCAAGGUUUUUUUGAUUUUUCAGUUUUGUAUAAAUAUCAUUGAUGAAAGAAAAUUUCAAAAAAACAAAAAAAGUUAAACUCGAUAUUUCAGGCCGCAGAAUAUGGAAUGCUUCUAUUGGAGCAAAAAGACGAGCUUGAGAAGAAGCUCACGCGGCUCCAGGCUGAGCUUGACGUUACAAAAGCCGAGGUCGAUAAGGCGAACCAGGUGAGACUUGAAAAUUUUUUCCGUGAUAAAAUAUUUUGCUGGUUCACCCAAAAUAACUGAUUAUAUCGCAGCGGGUCGCUGGCGAUGUAGCCAACACUUCUUGCUGCGAUCUGGCUCUUUCUCAUGAAUUUUCGAUGAAAAAACAACUUUUUUGCUUUUUCUAACCUUUGGGAUUAAAUGAGGAGAAUCGAACAAAAAAAUUAUUUUGAAGGAUGAUAGCGAUAUAGCGCAAGUCGCGACAGUCUACAAUAUUGGGUCUUUAAAAUUAAACUGCGAGUAGAUGUGCUCUAUGGGAAAAAAAGUCCGCGAAAUUUCAAUUUCAAAUUUUCAACUAACAAAUUUUUGUUAGUUUUUAAAGUAAUUAUAGCUUUUUUUUUCAAGGUAUUCCAAUAUUAUACAAUAUUUUGAGUGAAACAUACUUUCGGUAUAUCAAACUAUAAAAUUUUGAAAUCUGAUUUCAGUAUGCGUCUCAAAAUUUAAAGAAAUUGCGUGUUUAUCCAAAAAACUUCAGAAAUCUUCUAUAUGUUUUUCAAUAAACGAACUUCUUUCAGUCGCUUCUGGAAUUCCGGUCACACCAUCAGAAAGCGACGAGAAGUGAGCUCGAGAAUGAAGAAUCGCUUCUCGAAGAGAGCUCGGCGAAGGAGCGGCAACUCCUGGAAAGGAUCACCUCCCUUGAAGCCGAGCUCAAGCAACGCGAACAGGUCUUUCAUUGAAUUCUCCGAAUUUCAAUUGAAAUAAUUCUUUUUUCCUGUUUGAAUACGAUACAUUUGUCCAAAAAUUCUGGCUGAAAUGUUUAAAACAACGAAAACUUGGAAAUCACAUUAAAUUGAAUAAUGGUUCAAACCAAAUAAGGUCAUUUUAAAUCUAAUUUUUGUUGAAACCGAUUAUUUUUGUCAAACUUGAAGUUAAGAUUUUAUUGGGAAGGGAAAAAUAAUUUCACAUUUUCGCUUUUUCUUGAUUUACAUCUCUUCUUCAUUUUUAAAAUUUUAAUUUUAGAUUUUCAAAUGUUUUCCAAUUCAGAACACUUGAAUUUCCCUACUGCAACAAAGCAAACAUCAUUGAAGCUUUAUCCGUUUUUUUAAAAAUUAUUGAGCGAAAGAAAGAUGAAUUUAUCGAUAUCAACUUUCAAAAUUUUUUUAACUCUAGCCCUGAAAAAGAAAAAAAUAUUUUUUUUACCAUUCUGAAGACUCUUUUUUUCACGACAAGAGUAAUAUGAGGAACUAAAAAUCCAUAUGCUUAAAAAAAACAAGAUACUGAUUCUGAUUGCAAACUUUUUUUUUUUUCAUAUUGUCCUUUUCAGGAAUUUAUUGGUUUGAUAAAACUUCCAUUUUCGUUUUUUAAUAGGUGUUUUCCAGGAAUUGAUCGAUAGCCGAGCAGAACUUCAACGAAUACACAAUGAGCACUCGAGAGCCGCCGAUUCUGGAGCGAUGCUCGAAGACGAGCGCCGGAAACUCAAGUCAGAGCUCAAAGAGACCAAGGUGAAUAUUAUUUAGAAUGAUUCUGGAUUCAAAAAUUGAAGCUAUAUCUGUUCUCAAGUGAUUGGGCGGAAAGAUGAUUUCGAAAAAGAAACUUUCUUGUUAGUUUUUUUAAAACCACGUUUUUUCUACAAGGGACAACAUUUAAAAUUUAUUUCGUGUUUCUUGUCAUUUUAGUUAUUUGUAACGAUUAUGGUAAAUAUUAUUUUUUUAAAAUGUUUAUGAAGGAAUUUUUAGAAAUUUUGUUGUUGUUAGAAGGGCUUAGAGCAAUCCUUUUUUUCAUUUUCACAAGUCGGCGAAACUUUUGAAAGCGAGUUUUAUUGGCCAUUGAAAAUUUUAUUCAGUUUUGCAUGAAGAAUCAUGAACUAUUUGAAGAGAAGUUUGUCGCUUCACGCUUCUCUUCGCAUUCAAAUGUCUGUGGGGGACUUAAUUCAAAUUUUUUUUUAGAAGCAAUAAAUGUCCUUACUUAGGAAAGAGAACAACGGCUGCUGGCCGAAUACAGCGAGCUUGAAGAGGAGAAUAUCGCGCUGCAAAAAACGGUCCGUUUAUCGCCGCAUUCGGGAGAAGCAGCUGUGGAUGACCGGCUUUGCAGGUGGCGAACCUCCGUGGCGCCCAGGUCGAGUUCGAGUCGCUCAAAAUCGACUGUUCUCGCUACGAAGAAGAGAUUUACAUGCUCAACGCCGCCGUCGUGGAAUCUGAGGCCCUCCGCGCCAUCGCUGAGAAACAGGUCAUUUUUUUUGUUUUCGCCUGA